AUCUUUUGGAAGAAUGGUGUUCAUCCCUCCAGUAUGGUUUAGACACUUGUAGAAUCAAUGCCAAGAUGCACUCACUUACUUAUUAAGAAUCCGUAUGUUGUUCUUUCCCUUUAAUAUGUCACCCCUCUGUGUAUAAUUCACUUUAACUUUACUAAUCUUAACAAAGCACUGACUCUACAGUCACAACGGUCAGAGUUUAUGUGAAUCCAUCUGAGUUACUGACUGUGUGUAUCAGUGAACAAGUCAGUAGAUACAGGCAUCGCCUCGCAGGGCAGGGCAGGGCAGGGCAGGGCAGGCUUCUUCACUCUAAGUGCUGUUCGUAUCCCAGCAUCAGCAGAUGUGGAUCAAUGCUUAGUUUUACAGCUUUGCAUCCUUGAAAUGACUGAGCAAAUAAAGCUUAGGCUGUCAAUCAGAGACUAUUAGUGAAGAAAUCCCUUCAGUAACAACCCUUCCUCACCAACCUCAAACACACACACACACAUGCACACACAGCUCAGGACAGAGUGAGAGGAGAUGGAGUGAGUGUGGUUGGAGCCCCUGGAUAGAUGGAGUUGUGGGAGAGAUCCUAAAAUGAACCGCCUAGGACAUAAAUUCUACCGAUGGAUCGUUUGCAAGUGGAGAUCACCUUGGAUCAUUUUGGUGGAAUAAGACUCUGUGACUGAUAAUUCUUUGCUGCAGCACACGGAGGACUUUGGACCUGUUUACUUAAAGGAGGAUGCUCUGCAAUCCAUCUAAUAGUAGUUUUUCCCUAACUGGUCAGUGGUUAAAGUCAGAGGUUUUGUUUAAGUGAACAUAAAUGCUGAUGCCUGUACAAAAACACUGAUAAAGGAGGAGGAGGAGGCAGCAGGAGGAAGGUGAUGUUUAGCACCAGGUGAUGCUUGUGACAUCCGAAGCUCCUUUAUGAAAUAUAUUUGUUUAACUACACAUCAGACAAAACACUUGUUUCAAAUUAAGUUUUUUAAAAGGGGCUUUUGAACAAGAGGUGUCUGAUGACUGGCAACAAUGGGACUGGAGGGCAUGGAAAUAAUUGCCAUUAUUGUUGUUACUGGACUGUUUAUUGUCGUGCUCAAACAGUUUGGAAUUUGGGAGCCCCUUUCACUGCAAGACAGUAGUGACAGUGACCUUGAACUCUCCAUGGUGCGUCACCAACCUCAGGGCCUCGAACAGCUCCAAGCCCAGACCCAGUUCACCAGGAAGGAACUCCAGUCACUUUACAGAGGCUUUAAAAAUGAAUGUCCCAGUGGGCUUGUGGAUGAAGAAACUUUCAAAACCAUUUACUCACAGUUCUUCCCUCAAGGAGAUGCAACAACAUAUGCCCAUUUCUUGUUCAACGCAUUUGACAUGGACAGAAAUGGCUCCAUCCGGUUUGAAGACUUUGUGUUAGGAUUGUCUGUGUUGCUUAGAGGCUCUGUUACAGAGAAACUUCGAUGGGCAUUUAACUUGUAUGAUAUCAACAAGGAUGGCUAUAUUACCAAAGAGGAAAUGUUGGCAAUAAUGACAUCCAUUUAUGACAUGAUGGGCAGGUAUACCUUACCCAGUGUACGAGACGACUCCCCCUUUGAGCAUGUGGAGAAGUUCUUCCAGAAAAUGGAUCGUAACAGAGAUGGAGUGGUGACCAUAGAUGAAUUCAUAGAAACCUGCCAAAAGGAUGAAAAUAUAAUGGCUUCCAUGCAGCUCUUUGAGAACGUCAUCUAGAUGUGGAUCAAUGAUGCUGCAUAGGGCUUCCAGCUGCAAGCUUCUGGGCCUGAAAUUACACCAUUCAUCUUGUAAAGGAAAAACUGGCUCAUGCAACACAUUUGACACAUCUUAUUGCAAACUGUUAUCUUUCCAGUCCAACUGUUCUAUGCAGAGAAAUGUGCAGAAUUCACCAGAUCACUUGAAGAAGAGAUGUUUGUCUGCAUGAAUUUUAUUUUGAUUUUUGCACAUGAAGAAAAUGUGAAAAAAGCAUCAUCGAUGCCAGAUGAGCAUGAGUAUUUGUUCAGCAUUUAAAAGCAUGUAAUGCAAACCACACUGAACACUAAACAGGGAUUGAAUUGUUGAUCCCUUUGAAACCUGGGCAUAAGUGGAGCAAUACUUUGUUACUGUAUUAUACUGUAAAGGAAAUAAUAAUGUUUAUAAGUUCAUCAGAACUUUGUGUAAAUGUGAUACCCAGUCAUUGUAAUGUUGACACAAAACCUGUGUAAAUAAAUGUCUACUUUCACCAA